AUGGUAAUACAAUACGCUAAUGGCGGUUCAUUACGUCAAUAUCUGCAACGUAAUCAUCAGCAGUUAACAUGGAAUGAUAAGAUUAGAAUAGUUAAUGAGAUAGCAACUGGACUUUAUGCAAUACACCAGGAAAAUCUUUCUCAUAAAAAUUUGCAUCCUAAUAACAUAUUAAUUCAUGAUGGUAGAACAAUGAUUUCAGAUGUAGGGUAUUCUGAUAUAUGGAAUAGUGUUUCGAUAUCAGAAAUGAUAACAUUUUUAGAACCAUUCUGA